AUGAACUCAUCAUCAAGCAGUCAGCUGCUUCAGAAACUCCAAAUUCUAUAUUCAGGCAAUAAAAAAUCAAGUGAACACUCUGUCUCUCCACUUUAACCCCGACCUUUUGCAAGCAGAGAAAUUAACCAAUUGCUCGAGAAAUCAUCCCCUACUCCUUACUUGCAAGUUAAAAAGCACGAUGUUGAACAAUGGACAGAACGAUUGAUUAAGCCAACCGAAAAGGCAUCGUGCUCUUCAUUUACUCAAAACGAGAAUGUGUUUGACAUCCAUCUUCAGAAAUAUUCUUCAAUUUCCAGCAUUUCCUAACAAACAUUCCCUGCCUUAUUGUAAAUCGAGAAGAAGGUGAAACUAUUGAAAUAUGCUAAAGAGAAUGAUCAUAAUACAUGUGCGGCUAUAAUUGCUAAAAUGAAGCUUUUCUGUUUAGAUAAUGCACAAACGUGUUAUGACUUUUAUAGAAGCACUGAUCUCAUAUUACUAAAGUAUAUGAUCUUUCUCUUAAUACAAGAACUGAAUUAAAGACCUGCUGUCGAGAAAUAAGAAAUUAGUAAUGAUUAAACAUCUUAAUUCUAAUCAAUGUUCAAAGAUAUCGUUAGUAUAGUGUAUGAAAUCAUAGAAGAGGUGAAAUAAAAGUCAUUUGCAGGUUCACAAAUAGACAAGUUGAAUAAACACCUGGUUCAGAUUCAGAAUAAGUUUAAGGCUGAUCCAAAUAGUACGCAAAAGUCAAUUAACAAAUCCCAUCAUCAACGGUUUAGUAGCUGCAACUUUGACAAUUGCAAAACCCCUAUUUCGCUUAAUAAGAGCAAUAAGGAAUCCAAUAUUAGCAGUGAUAAGUACAAAUCUGGUCAUCAGAAAUAACAAAAUAAUAUAUCUGGUUCUUAAAAAAUCAUUAGGUUCUAAAUAGACGAAUUAGAUUAGAAAAAGUAACUAGUGAACAAACUAAAUGAAUAAAUUGCAUCCUUAUAGAAUACGAGUAAAUAAUAACAAGUCUAGAUCUAAGAUUCAAAUUGCUAAAUUGCAUCAUUAAAGCAGGAAUUAGAAUUAAAACAGCAAGAAAUUGAAAAAUUAUUAUAAUCUAUAGAAGUGCUCUAAUCCAAAGAUCUAAUUCAUCAAGAAGAGAAAGAAAAAUAUCAUACGGUCUUUCAAGAAUAUGAAAAUGAAAAUAUUGAAUUGAAAUCGAAUUUGUAACAACUUGAGAAUGCUUUAGAGGUUAGUCAAAACUAAUUUGAGAAUUACAAAUAGGAGACAUUUGCUUAUUACUAAGCUUAAUUCAAUUAAAUUCAACAAGCUAAAGAGAAAGAAAUUAGUCAUUUGAGAAAUGAACUAAGAGAAAACUAAGUCAAUAUUAAUCAUUUGUUAGGGGACGCUUUGUAUUUUGGCAAAUAAUACAAAAGCCUUGUGGAUAGAAUCGUAAAUUUUAAACCUGAAUCUGUGGCUAAUGACUUGAUUUAAUUAUAAAAAGAGUUAUUCUAUUCUGAGAAUACUCUUAAUGCCAAAUUGAAUGCAAUCGCUAAUUUUUCAGAGAAUUUGUUAUCUAAUUUUGGACAAGAAUCAAAUUUUGGACAAGAAUCAAUGUCUCAAAGUUAAUCUACUAAUUAGACUGGAAGUUUGUAUGGUAUACCGAAGUCCAGGACGCAGUAAUAUAAUGCCAGCAAAAAAAACUGUUCUUAAGAAUAUUUAAUAGCACAAAAAAAUUAAUUCGAAAUAAUGGAGAUGCUAUUGAUAUAGAGUUAGGUGUUAGAGAAGUUUUUAUUCUGAUUACUACAAUAUAUUAUGUCACAAUAACUAUAUUU